UCGUAAUUCAAUUCCGUCGGGAUAACGGUGCAAUCGAACAAGUGUAUCGAGCGUUCGUAUGGACGUACGUCUUAACCCGCGAAUAAUCAGACGAGACGUUGAGUUUAAUAUCAUUUGCGAGUACAAACAAAUCGAGUGCUACUGAAAAUUAACGAGAAACCGUAGAAGGGACAGCGUAUCGCUGAACGAGCGAAGAAAAGAUGACAUUCAAGUUUCGUUGAUAUUUACAAUCGUGACGAAAAAGUGUAUCGUGUUGAGGGCAAAACCCGCUGCUUCGAUAUAACGACACAAAAGAACGCGAAGGAACUGGAGGGGCAUGGUGGGCCCCCCUCUGCCAGGCCCGGGUGGCCUCUCUGUGAAAAGAAAUCUUCCCUCUAUCACCACGUCGUUCCCGCGACAUUAGAUUACCUGGAAUGAUGCAGCCGAAAUUCCUCAAGAGGACGACCGAGGAGUUGGAGCCAGCCGGUGGUGCUAGUGGCGAUGGCGGCUUCGGUGAGCCGCCAGUUAAGCUGCAAUGCACGCAAGGGUCUCAUCAGCAUCAACAGGGUCCUGGCGGUGGUGGUGGUGGCGGCGGGCCUCAUCAUGGUCACGGCCAGCAUCAAUCGGGGAACGGCGCGAAUUCGACUGGUCCAACGCCCGGUGGCGGUGGUGGCGGUGGUGGUGGUGACGGGAAUGAAGGUCUCACUAAGUUUCAAGUUCAGAUCGUGCAGCAACUGGAGUUUACAACUUCAGCCGCGAAUAAUUCGCAAGCUCAAGCAAUUUCUACGAACGUAACAGUGAAAGCGCUGACAAAUGCGUCGGUGAAGAGCGAUCUCUUAAAUGCGUCAUCAUCACCAAAACCCGGUUCAGACACAUCGGCAUCAGCCGCGUCUAGAUCGCAACCCGGAAACGGCAGCGGGCCUGGAGGUCCUGGUGCUGGUAAUGGCGCCGGUGGCGCUGGCGGUAGCGGUGGAAUCGGUUGCGUUGACAUUGGUAAUCUAGUCGAAUGUAAACAAGAACCCGACAACGAGUUCGUGGAUCUAGAACAAUGCGCCGCGGCAUUAGAGAAAGAUGCCGCGGCGAAUGGCACCGGUUUCCCCGGCUUUUCCGAAUUCAUGGGCGAUGAUACCGGCGACGAGAUUAUCACGUCUGAUGCGUUCAAGGAUCUCAUUUCUGAAAUAUCGGACUUCCAUCCGGAGUUUAUGAAGGAUUUUGACUUUGAAGAUAAGAGCGUCGAUACGCUGGCGAACAACGCCGCGGCAGCGGCCGCGGCUGCAGCUGCUGCUGCCGCUGCUAAUAACAAUAACAAUGGCGGUAAUAACGGUAUACCAACGAAUAACGGACAGAUCAAGAUUGAAGAUGACAAGGAUGCGAUUCAUCAGCAACAGCAACAGCAGCAUGUCAAUGGCGCAAACAACGGCGUUAACAGUAACAACGUUGGCAGUAACAACGGUAACACGAUGCCGGCUAACUCAAGCCCAGGCACUCUCGGGUCCUCGCAAUAUUCUCCCGCUCGACUUCCUUACUCUGGGUUAGACUUCAAAUCUGAGAUGAGCCCGGCGGCGCAGACGCUCAAACAGAUGGCCGAGCAGCAUCAGCACAAGAGUCAGCAAUUAGGUCUAGGUGGAUUCAAUCCCACGGCAGCAGCGGCAGCCGCCGCGGCACGAGGCCCAGCGGCGAGAUCCCCUUACGCCGAAUUUCCUCAAUUCGGCGGCGCUUCCGAUUACCUUGGUAGUCCUGGUAGUACCGGCCCGACCGGUGGACAAAACCAAGCCACAGCCGCAGGGACCGGCUCGUAUCACAAGAACAAUGGCACUCCAACCUUCCAGAGUCAGCAGACCAACGAUAUGUUCGUUAAUUCGCAAACUCAGUUUGCUGCAGGCCUCACGGAUAUGAAAAGACCCCAACCAACUGCGACGGGCGGCAAGCCCAGCAUGCUGGGGCCUAGCGGCGGUUACAAACAACAAUACUCGCCGUAUGGUAGUCCGGGUUCGAUGCCGAAUCACGGUAGCCCGGGUUAUCCAUUACCACCAAGAGGAUCGCAGGGAGGUGGACCUAAUCAGACCGGUUCGCAGGGACCUUUUAACACGACUUCCACACCACCGAGACCUCCUUCGGGACCCGGUACUUCCACCUUGCAAAUCAAUCAGGCACAGCAGCUGCACAUCGGUAACCAGAUACAGGUGUCGGCGGGCCAACAUUUACAGGUCACGAGCGAAUUGAAACCGGUCGUGUCCGUCGCGGCGCAGCAGGGCAUGUACUUCAAUCAGCAACAAACACAGAAUCAGGCCGGGCCAUCGGCUAAUCAGGCCGACGCCUACUGCUCGGUCUCGCAGUCCCAAACCAUCAAUUUCACUCAACAGAGCCUAAGACAGCGAGCGACGGCCGCGGCCGCCGGCGGAAUGCCACAGCCGGGUGCCGCCGGCCCAGGGGCGCGAGGCCAUCCGCAGCAGGUGCCGCCGGGCCAGGUCGAUCAACAUCAGCACGCGAAGCUUCUUCAACAGCAGCAGCAAUUGAUGCGCGCGCAACAGGUAAUGCAGCAACAACAACAUAUGGCAGGUGGAAUGGGAAGUGUAAGGCCGCCACCACCCGAAUAUAAGGCCGCAGCCCAGGCACAGAUGAUGCAUGCUAGUAUCGGUAUGGGUCAGCAAGCGAGGUUUGCAAAUACUGGACCCAUGCGCAGAGUUACGCAACAACCUAUGCCACCGUCGGGUCCGAUGAUGAGGCCGCAAAUGGCGCAACAACAGCAGCAGCAGGCGUUACACGCGGCCGGCGGUAAUAUGUACAUGGGCGGCGGUGGGAUGGCUGCCAUCGGCAAUAUGCAUCAGAUGCAUCAACGGCUAGGCUACCCGAGAACCAACAAUCAACGGCCGCCCAACGUCAGCGUUGGACCUCCGGACGGCCUUGGAAACAGCAUAGCGGGUCGCGGCGCGCAGCAGGACCAAUGGCGACAUGCAGUUUUGAUGCAACAACAGCAGGGCUUUCAAGCGCAAAUGCGCUCGCAAUUCAACCAGCAAAGUCACCAAGGUGCUUUCGGUAUGGGCGGCGCGGGCAGCACAAUGCAAAUGACUGCGGCACAGAUGCAACAUCAACAAUUAAUUCGUUCACAAAACGGCGGCAUAGCUGGUUCAGGGAUGUCCAACAGCACGCAAAUGCAACAGCUGUUGACGCAACAGCAUCAACAACAAACGCUGGCUAUGCAGCAGAAUAACAAUCAGAUGUCGUUGCAGAUGCAGAUGUCACAGACAACGUCUGUAAAUUCAGUCAACGUUACUGGGACCGGUUCUCCCUUGCAUCCGCAUCAACAGUAUGGCGCAGGCAGUCCUGGAGUACGUAGUCUACCGCCACCGCAGCAGCAUACUCAACCACCACCACCAGCCACAACUACGGAUCCGUCCGUAACGGCCCCUGACUUUACCCUCGAAUUCUUGGAAAAUCUUCCUACGGGAGACACGUCGAACUUCAGUGCUCAAGAGCUGCUUAAUUCUCUCGAUUCUACGGCCGGUUUUAAUCUCGAUAUUCUGUAAUAGAACCAUACGGUAUGGUCGGUUUAGAUGUCGGUGCCUGGCGGUAUGCCCAUUUUACUACAAUGUCAAAUGAGUGAAACUGACCCCUUAAAGUGUAUACUUAACGCAACGGUAUCGACGAAUUUCACUUC